AGGGGUUCAUUCAUCCAUCGGAGGCCCAAUGAGUGUCCUUUUGGCUCCUAUCAGACAGGCACACAUCUGUGUAUCUAUAUUGUAUUACGGACUAGCAUUGCAGGCUACGCUAUAGAAAGGUUUACUGUAAAACGUGUAGGAGUGUACGAAGCCUAUUACACCAGGUUCUGGUAAUUGGUCUCCCACAAGGACACAACCAUGUAUAGCUUAAGGACUUGUGCUGCUAAACUAAGGCCUCUGACGGCCUCUCAGACUGUUCGGUCAUUGAAACACAGUCGGCCUGCGGCCCCAAGGACGUUUCAGCCACUCAGGUGCCUUAGUACACCUGUGGCCGCAGAGCCUUUUCUUAGUGGGACUAGUUCGAAUUACGUGGAGGAGAUGUACUAUGCAUGGCUGGAGAACCCUAAGAGUGUCCACAAGUCAUGGGACAUAUUCUUCCGGAAUGCCAAUGCCGGAGCAGCGCCAGGAACAGCUUACCAGAGCCCUCCGCCCCUGGGUCGCAGCCUUUCUGCAUUCAGCCAUGCACAGUCACUAAUACAGGGACAGCCAAAUAUAGAGAAACUGGUGGAGGAUCAUCUUGCUGUGCAGUCCCUCAUCCGGGCAUAUCAGAUCCGUGGGCACCAUGUUGCCCAGCUUGACCCACUGGGCAUUCUGGAUGCAGAUCUGGAUUCCUGUGUGCCAGCUGACAUUAUCACAUCCUCAGACAAACUCGGGUUUUACGGACUAGAGGAAUCCGACCUGGACAAAGUCUUCCAUUUGCCAACCACUACGUUUAUUGGAGGGAACGAGACGGCGCUGCCCCUUCGAGAGAUCAUUAAAAGACUUGAGAGCUCUUACUGCCAGCAUAUCGGAGUCGAGUUCAUGUUCAUCAAUGACCUGGAGCAAUGUCAGUGGAUCCGGGAGAAGUUUGAGACCCCGGGAAUUAUGCAGUUCACUAGUGAGGAGAAGCGGACUCUGCUCGCAAGACUGGUUAGAUCUACCAGGUUUGAAGAGUUCCUCCAUCGUAAGUGGUCAUCAGAAAAGAGAUUUGGUCUGGAGGGAUGUGAAGUGUUAAUUCCAGCUCUGAAAACCAUCAUCGAUAAAUCCAGUGAGAACGGCGUGGACUAUGUCAUCAUGGGGAUGCCACACAGAGGGCGUCUCAAUGUCCUGGCCAACGUGAUCAGGAAGGAGUUGGAGCAGAUAUUCUGUCAGUUUGACUCGAAACUGGAAGCAGCGGAUGAGGGUUCUGGAGACGUGAAGUACCACUUGGGAAUGUAUCACAGGCGGAUAAACAGGGUAACAGACAGGAACAUCACCAUGUCAUUGGUCGCCAACCCUUCCCAUCUUGAGGCCGCCGACUCUGUUGUCCAGGGUAAAACCAAAGCAGAACAGUUCUACGGUGGGGAUAAUGAAGGCAAGAAGGUGAUGUCUGUCCUCAUACACGGAGAUGCUGCAUUUGCCGGACAAGGGAUAGUUUAUGAGACUUUCCAUUUGAGUGAUCUCCCAUCUCACACUACACAUGGCACUGUCCAUGUAGUGGUCAACAACCAGAUUGGUUUCACCACUGAUCCCCGUAUGGCCCGCUCUUCCCCAUACCCGACAGAUGUAGCCAGGGUUGUCAAUGCCCCAAUCUUCCAUGUCAAUGCUGAUGACCCUGAGGCUGUCAUGUAUGUCUGCAAUGUGGCUGCAGAAUGGAGAAGCACCUUUCACAAAGACGUGGUUGUGGAUCUGGUGUGCUACCGCCGCAAUGGGCACAACGAGAUGGAUGAGCCCAUGUUCACACAGCCUCUGAUGUACAAGCAGAUCCGCACCCAGAAGCCAGUACUACAGAAAUACGCAGAGACCCUUAUAUCUCAAGGAGUGGUCAAUCAGCUGGAAUAUGAGGAAGAGAUAGCUAAGUAUGACAGAAUCUGCGAGGAGGCACUUACACGCUCCAAAGAUGAGAAGAUCCUUCAUAUCAAGCAUUGGCUGGACUCCCCAUGGCCCGGUUUCUUCACUCUGGAUGGGCAGCCCCGCAGUAUGUCCUGCCCCUCAACAGGGCUCAGUGAAGAAGAAUUGUCUCAUAUAGGAAGUGUUGCCAGCUCUGUUCCUGUGGAGGAUUUUACGAUCCAUGGAGGUCUUAGCCGCAUCCUAAAGGCCCGAGGAGAGAUGGUGAAGAACAGGACUGUUGACUGGGCACUGGCUGAGUAUAUGGCAUUUGGGUCACUCCUAAAGGAAGGCAUCCAUAUUCGUCUGAGUGGACAAGAUGUAGAAAGAGGCACAUUCAGCCACCGUCACCAUGUGUUACAUGACCAAAAUGUGGACAAAAGAACUUGUAUCCCUAUGAACCAUCUGUGGCCCAACCAAGCUCCAUAUACUGUGUGCAACAGUUCACUCUCUGAGUAUGGAGUACUGGGAUUUGAACUGGGGUUUGCAAUGGCCAGCCCAAAUGCAUUGGUCCUCUGGGAGGCCCAGUUUGGAGAUUUCCACAACACCGCUCAGUGUAUCAUUGAUCAGUUCAUCUGCCCUGGGCAGGCUAAAUGGGUACGACAGAAUGGAAUAGUCCUGUUACUCCCCCAUGGCAUGGAGGGCAUGGGGCCUGAACAUUCCUCUGCAAGACCUGAACGCUUCCUGCAGAUGUGCAAUGAUGACCCGGAUGUGUGGCCUAAAGCCUCUGACGACUUCGCUGUUCGCCAGCUUUAUGAUUGUAACUGGAUCGUUGUCAAUUGCUCCACUCCAGCUAACUUCUUCCAUGUGCUCCGCAGACAGAUCCUGCUACCGUUCCGUAAACCACUCAUCGUCUUCACUCCAAAGUCCCUUCUCCGUCAUCCUGAAGCCAGGUCAAGUUUUGAUGACAUGCUGGCAGGUACACACUUUGAGAGAGUUAUCCCAGAUUCUGGGCCUGCGUCCCAUAACCCUGCUGGAGUGAAGCGCAUAAUCUUCUGCACAGGAAAAGUGUACUAUGAGCUGAACAAAGAACGCAGCACCCGAGAAAUGGAUUCUGAGGUGGCUAUCACCCGUGUGGAGCAGCUGUCUCCAUUCCCAUUUGACCUUCUGGAGAAAGAAGUAAAUAAGUAUCCCAAUGCAGAUAUAGUAUGGUGCCAAGAGGAACACAAGAAUCAGGGUUAUUAUGAUUAUGUGAAGCCAAGAUUACGCACCACAAUACACCGCAAUAAACCAGUCUGGUAUGCCGGCAGAGAGCCCGCAGCUGCCCCAGCCACUGGCAACAAGAAAACCCACCUGACUGAACUGAAGCGAUUCCUGAACACGGCUUUCAAUCUGAAUGCAUUCGAUGACCUCUCUUAGACCAGCACACGUUUCCUUCCUCCUUCUGCACUCCCCAUCUUCCAUCCAUACACUUACCGGGGGGCAUCCUCUCCGUGUCUUUGCUUUUAAUCUGGCCAGGAUAAAGUUACACAGGGCGGCUCAUUGCUGCCCUACAACCACUCACCAUUAAAUAGGGCAAAACGAACAGGAGUUUAGUGUCUUAUAAAGGGAGAAAAAUCCAAAAUCCCAGCUGAAUCUCUAUUGUGUAUAUGAAUGUGGUUAUGUACAGAGGGCACUGCUUUUAUUAUUUAAACAUGAGCUAUGGAAUAGUUACUGUGUAUCACCCAUGUUUUCUCCUGACACUAGCCACAGAUACAAUUUGGGCUGCCAUGCACAAUUUUUUAAAGUCACAUUUUAUACAAGUAAAAGUUUUAUUCCCCCCUUCUGUACUAAAUCCCUUAUAAUCUGGAAUCAACGCAUCUUCCUGUGUUAUAUAAUCUCAAGCAGUUAAAGGGGCUCUGCACUAACCUGAAAUAUCCACACCGGUCCCCCAGGGAUACAUCCUAAAGAGGUACAUCCAUUCUGCGUAUGAAUAUAGUCGUGAUGUGGAUGUCACCCUGAGGGACCCCCAGGGGCAUGACUGAAAUUAAGGUUAAUGAAGAGCCCCAUUAAAAAAAACUACACCCUAAAGACACAGCCAUGUCCGUCUACCUGUGAGUUACCUCUGAAGAACCCAGAGAGUGGUGAGAUGCGCAUGAAAAAUGUUCUGGAGACCUGCUGCUUGCGAUAUUCAGUGGGAAGAAGCUUUAUCCUUAAAGAAGAAAGAAAAAACAUGAAAAUGAUUUGAAGGGAAGUCUUGAUGUUUUUGUAGGUGGUGAUGCGCUCUCCGGAGAGACUAAUAUGACGGCUUGUAUAGUGAACCACUUAUUGUGUACAGCACGACAUCAGGUAUCUGCUUCCAGCAGACUAUUCAUGACACAGCUGCAGAUUACUACGCCAUACAACUUUUAUAGAUUUUUUAUUAUUAUUUUUUACUUAGGAAGAAAGAGGGGAAUCAUUUUACUAAAUAUAUAUACAUAUAUACAUGCUGUUUCCUUAGCUCCUUAAAGGAUAACUACUAAGAUCUAUAAAUAAGCCCCUUACGAAUAGUAGCAGAGGGUAUGCAUUUUCUUCCUCUCCUUAAUCCAGUGUUACCCAACCAGGGUGCCUCCAGCUGUUGCAAAACUACAACUCCCAGCAUGCUCGGACAGCCUUCGGCUGUCCGGGCAUGCUUGGAGUUGUAGUUUUGCAACAGUUGGAGGAACUCUGGUUAAGAAAUACUGCCUUAAUCACAUGACUCAGGAACAGCAACAAUACCACACACAGAGGCCAUGGACAGGACUGGCAUUGUUUCUUAGGAAAAAUAUACAUAUAUGCCUUACCUUUGUUCUAGUCCAAGACAAUCCUAAUUAAUAAAGCUUAAAGGAGUACUCCGGUGGAAAACAUAUAUAUAUUUUUUUUAAUCAACAGGUGCUAGAAGGUUAAACAGACUUGUAAAUUACUUCCAGUACUUAUCAGCUGCUGCAUAAUACACAGGAAGUUUAUUUCUUUUUGAAUUUCUUUUCUGUCUGUCCACAGUGCUCUCUGCUGACACCUCUGUUCACAUCAGGAACUGUCCAGAGCAGGAGAGGUUUGCUAUGGGGAAUUGUUCCUGUUCCGGACAGUUCCUGACAUGGACAGAGGUGUCAGACAGAAAACUUCCCCUGUAGUAUACAGCAGCUGAUAAGUACUGGAAGGAUUAAGAUUUUAAGUAAUUUACAAAUCUGUUUAACUUUCUGGAGCCAGAUGUUAAAAAAAUAUGUUUUCCACCAGAGUACCCCUUUAAAGAAAGGUAAUGCAGGUAUAAAACAGUGAUUGAGGGGGUAAAACAAUCAUGUGGUCUGGCAUAUCUGUCCGGCAUGUUUAUGAUGGAACACGGACAGGAAGUGUUGUCUUAGGAAUACAUGUACUGUAGCUGUUCCUGCUGUCUGGCAGCUCAGACAGGAAGUGUUAUCUUGGGGAUACAGGUAGAGAAGUUGUUUGCUAUCCUUCCAGCUGUUGUAAAACUAUGACUCCCAGCAUGACUGUGUGUUUAUGCUGGGAGUUGUAGUUUUGCAAAAGCUGGAGGCUCACUGGUUGGGAAACACCGGUCUAGAUUUUGGUAGUUCUCCUUUAUGGCCAUGGCAGUAAUAACCUAACUUUUAGCUAUGCGCAUGAUUGGCUGUUUUGCAGUAACCCUCAGUUACUCCACAACCACCACCCUAACAUUUAGGGUGCGUUCCCACUUGGCGUAUACGCAGCACACUUCACGCUGCGCAAAUUUUUUUUACGGCAGCAGCGG